AUGCGUUCUUCCUUAUAUAGAGAGGCUCUCAAAACAGACACGAUGCAAAACAACGAAGAUAAAUCUAUCUCACGCCUGCAAAUUCUCCUGCAAGUAUGCCAAAAGAUUCAUCUUAACUACUUCAUCAGGAGAUUCAAGUAUUUCUGCAGAGUCACAGCUUUGCAUGGCUUUGGGCACAUUGUUCGCGAGGACACUGGUCUCGCUGAAAAGAUCUUCUGGGCAAUUUGCACCUUUGCCUCUCAUAUCACAGCCAUGGUGCUUCUGUGGUUCUCUUGGAAUUGGAGCAAUCUCACUCCCGUGGUAACAGUGAUUGAGAGUACGCAUUAUGCCACCUGGAACAUACCUUUUCCAGCCGUUACCAUUUGCAACCUCAACAAAAUCAGUUUGAAAAGAGCCCUGGCCAAAGCCAAUAAUAUGAAACGUCCGGAGAAUGUGUCUGCAGAGGAACUGGCUCAGAUGUUUCAGGACUUGACAAUUUUCAUGGGAUACACUCAUGAAUCCAUGGGAAAUUUCAAUCAAAUUGACUCCGUUUUACAUAUGAACAAUCUAACUGUCUUUGAAGUACUCCAAGAUUUGGCACCAGGCUGCUCCGAAACCCUGGACAGAUGCAUGUGGAAGGGAACUCAGACCAGAUGUGACACCCUCUUUCAACCCGUCAACUCAACUCUGGGAGUUUGUUGCUCAUUUAACUACUAUGCCACCUCAAAGAUGAACUACCCCAAGAAAUUGCUCCACAGCAUUCCCAAGGAGCCCCGAAGGGUAACUGCCUGUGGUCAUCAAACCGGCCUAACAGUCAUCAUUUCACCCGAUCUCAAAAACUAUCACACAACAAUUCUGGGCACUUCUGGAUUUCGCAUAUUAAUUCAUAAUUCCUACGACUUGGUGGACGACAAUGCUGAGAUGAAGAUCAUUGCACCUCGCCUCGAGGCCUUCCUCAGUGUUGCUCCAGAAGCAACUUACGCUACCAAGGACGUCCUAGGCUUGCCAGUCUCAGUGAGGAAUUGCUAUACUCCUAACGAAGUGGAAAUGUCUACAGUGAGGAAGUAUUCCUACCUCAAUUGCAUGGCUGAAUGCCGGAGUGCCAUUGCGGAGAAAUUGUGCGGUUGUGUCCCGCCAAAUUUUCCCAACAACGGUUCCAGGCGCUUCUGUGAGAUGAAAGAUUUGGACUGUAUAGUUCGUAACAAGAAUAUCUACAGUGGAGCAGCUCCUGGGUACAACAUAUCAUUCCGGGAGAUAGAUAAGGAGGACUGGAAGAUGGUGACAAAGACAGAAUGUUCCUGCCUUCCGGAUUGUGAGUAUGUGUCUUAUGGAACGGAAGUCACUUCAGGAAUCUUCUCCCGGAACAAUUCUUUCAAUUCAGUGAGCUUUUUCAAGGACAUUGAUCUCAGAGACAAAACCCUGAUUCAUGUGUUUUUCCAGGAUCUCGUAUCGACGAGAUAUCGAAUGGAUAUGAAUCAAAAUUGGCUCAGUUGGUUGGCGACAAUUGGGGGAAUUUUGGGCCUCUUCCUGGGCUUCAGCAUUGUGACGGGAUUUGAAUUUGUCUAUCUCUUCACCCUCCGGGUAUUUUUUGAUCGUUACGCGGAAAAACAUCACGAAAAAAUAUGA